AUGGAGAAGCCACCAGCCGCGAAUGACAUGAGCCACGUAGAGCCGGAAAGGCCGAGAGCUGUCAGCAAGUGGCGGUGCAGCCGGAACCAUAGCUCGCCGGUGGCUCGUGCAUCAGAGCCUUGGCCUGUGGCUUGCCCCUGCGUCCUCCUCUUCCUCCUCCAGACGAACCCUUCCCCUCGACUCUCCGCUCCGCUCCCAUCUCUGCACCGCAGGCGCUUCUGUCUGCCCGGUCCACUUCCUAAGCUUCUUCACAAGAAACAGUCGCCAAAGUCGUGCAAGGGCAAGGGAGCUCUGGCCCCCAGCGUGCAUGUCAUCUCGUAG